CCCUAAAACCCUACCCCUUCCGCUUGUAUAUAAAGCCAAAUCUUCAAGCUAUGUUCAUAUUCUUCGUUUAGUUUGAAAGCCCACUUCCUUCACUCUAUCGACGCUUCUACUCUUCAUAUCUUCUGCCAUCUUCGAACCAUGUCGAGGAGAAAGGUUAGGGAGCCAAAGGAAGAGACUUUGACCCUUGGGCCUACUGUAAGAGAAGGAGAGCAUGUUUUUGGUGUUGCUCACAGUUUUGCAUCGUUUAAUGACACUUUCAUUCAUGUGACUGAUUUGUCGGGAAGAGAAACCAUGGUUCGUAUUACAGGUGGUAUGAAGGUGAAAGCUGACAGGGAUGAAUCUUCACCUUCUGCGGCUAUGCUUGCGGCACAAGAUGUUUCCCAGAGAUGCAAGGAACUUGGAAUUACAGCACUUCACAUCAAAUUACGUGCUACGGGAGGGAACAAAAGCAAGACCCCUGGUCCUGGUGCUCAGUCUGCUCUCAGGGCCCUUGCUCGAUCUGGAAUGAAAAUCGGCCGGAUCGAGGAUGUUACUCCGAUCCCCACGGACAGCACCCGAAGGAAGGGUGGUAGAAGAGGGAGAAGGCUGUAAACUGUGGCACAUUCUAUUCUAGCAAUCUACCCUUCAGUCCUUUGGUGGUGUUGCAUUUGGUUAUUUGGUUAUGACUGUUCGGUCUUUUACGAAUCCGUAGAAU